GAAGUUAUCAAUGUUAAACGUUACGCAGUGAUAGAAAAAUAUUUCCACACAGAAACUCUUUAACCGAGAUUAAGAAAAAAAAUGAAAUUUAUCGAAUUUCGGAUUAUUCUAUUUAUUGCAUCAUGGACAAUGCUUCAUGGAUAUGUACUGCGAGGCCGUAACAAUGAAUUGCUUGAUAAACAUGCUGUCAUCACGGACAAUGAUAAAAAUCUGGAAGAUUUGAGUUUUACUGAUAAUGGAAAUAAGAUACAAGUACUAAGAUCACACAAAACUGAAUCGGUAGAUCAGUUAAAUAAUGAAUUACAUGUUGAAUCUGAUGUUGAAACUGAUAAAGACAAUAAUCAAGGAAUGAGUGUAAAUUCCAAGAAGACUCUAAAGCAUAGUAUCAAUAUAAAUCCAGUAGAAACACUUGGUAACACAUUUAAGCACGGGAAUCAUGCAAGUAAAAAAAUCGGAGGUUUGACUAGAACAGCAAUAGAAACAGGAAAAAAGGCGAUAGUGUCUGCAACUCAACAGUUGAGAAGUAUCAUUUCGAACAGGAGUAAAGUAACAAUUGAUAGCGAGGUCAAAAGAAAUGUAAACCGGGGUGUUGGAAAUGCAACUGGAUUAAAAGAAUCGAGCGGAAAAAAGAAUAUUCAAGUAAAUGAAAACGGUCACCAUCAGUACGAGACAAAUCAUAAUCACGAAUUAUCAGGCACAGCUAGUGAAUCGUAUCAGACAGCCCUGCCGAAUUUGAAAAAAUUAGUGAUAUUACGCCAACCGCUAUCCGGUGGUCCCACUGGAAUGAAUGUUGUUGUAAAUUCAAAGCAACAUCAACAUGAAGAAUCGGUAGUUAAUUAUAAUCAGAAAACGACUGGAUUUAGUGGCCAUGGGUUUCAAGCAGAUCGAUCGAAAUUUAUGGGGCAGUCCAGCUCUAGCAGUCCUGAACAUAUGACAGUUAUAUCAAAUGAAAACGGUCACCAUCAAUACGAAACAAAUCAUAUUCACGAAUUAUCAGGCACAGCUAGUGGAUCGUAUCAGACAGCCCUGCCGAAUUUGAAAAAAUUAGUGAUAUUACGCCAACCGCUAUCCGGUGGUCCCACUGGAAUGAAUGUUGUUGUAAAUUCAAAGCAACAUCAACAUGAAGAAUCGGUAGUUAAUUAUAAUCAGAAAACGACUGGAUUUAGUGGCCAUGGGUUUCAAGCAGAUCGAUCGAAAUUUAUGGGGCAGUCCAGCUCUAGCAGUCCUGAACAUAUGACAGUUAUAUCAAAGGAAAACGGUCACCAUCAGUACGAAACAAAUCAUAAUCACGAAUUAUCAGGCACAGCUAGUGAAUCGUAUCAGACAGCCCUGCCGAAUUUGAAAAAAUUAGUGAUAUUACGCCAACCGCUAUCCGGUGGUCCCACUGGAAUGAAUGUUGUUGUAAAUUCAAAGCAACAUCAACAUGAAGAAUCGGUAGUUAAUUAUAAUCAGAAAACGACUGGAUUUAGUGGCCAUGGGUUUCAAGCAGAUCGAUCGAAAUUUAUGGGGCAGUCCAGCUCUAGCAGUCCUGAACAUAUGACAGUUAUAUCAAAUGAAAACGGUCACCAUCAAUACGAAACAAAUCAUAUUCACGAAUUAUCAGGCACAGCUAGUGGAUCGUAUCAGACAGCCCUGCCGAAUUUGAAAAAAUUAGUGAUAUUACGCCAACCGCUAUCCGGUGGUCCCACUGGAAUGAAUGUUGUUGUAAAUUCAAAGCAACAUGAACAUGAAGAAUCGGUAGUUAAUUAUAAUCAGAAAACGACUGGAUUUAGUGGCCAUGGGUUUCAAGCAGAUCGAUCGAAAUUUAUGGGGCAGUCCAGCUCUAGCAGUCCUGAACAUAUGACAGUUAUAUCAAAUGAAAACGGUCACCAUCAGUACGAAACAAAUCAUAAUCACGAAUUAUCAGGCACAGCUAGUGAAUCGUAUCAGACAGCCCUGCCGAAUUUGAAAAAAUUAGUGAUAUUACGCCAACCGCUAUCCGGUGGUCCCACUGGAAUGAAUGUUGUUGUAAAUUCAAAGCAACAUCAACAUGAAGAAUCGGGAGUUAAUUAUAAUCAGAAAACGACUGGAUUUAGUGGCCAUGGGUUUCAAGCAGAUCGAUCGAAAUUUAUGGGGCAGUCCAGCUCUAGCAGUCCUGAACAUAUGACAGUUAUAUCAAAUGAAAACGGUCACCAUCAAUACGAAACAAAUCAUAUUCACGAAUUAUCAGGCACAGCUAGUGGAUCGUAUCAGACAGCCCUGCCGAAUUUGAAAAAAUUAGUGAUAUUACGCCAACCGCUAUCCGGUGGUCCCACUGGAAUGAAUGUUGUUGUAAAUUCAAAGCAACAUCAACAUGAAGAAUCGGUAGUUAAUUAUAAUCAGAAAACGACUGGAUUUAGUGGCCAUGGGUUUCAAGCAGAUCGAUCGAAAUUUAUGGGGCAGUCCAGCUCUAGCAGUCCUGAACAUAUGACAGUUAUAUCAAAUGAAAACGGUCACCAUCAAUACGAAACAAAUCAUAUUCACGAAUUAUCAGGCACAGCUAGUGGAUCGUAUCAGACAGCCCUGCCGAAUUUGAAAAAAUUAGUGAUAUUACGCCAACCGCUAUCCGGUGGUCCCACUGGAAUGAAUGUUGUUGUAAAUUCAAAGCAACAUCAACAUGAAGAAUCGGGAGUUAAUUAUAAUCAGAAAACGACUGGAUUUAGUGGCCAUGGGUUUCAAGCAGAUCGAUCGAAAUUUAUGGGGCAGUCCAGCUCUAGCAGUCCUGAACAUAUGACAGUUAUAUCAAAUGAAAACGGUCACCAUCAAUACGAAACAAAUCAUAUUCACGAAUUAUCAGGCACAGCUAGUGGAUCGUAUCAGACAGCCCUGCCGAAUUUGAAAAAAUUAGUGAUAUUACGCCAACCGCUAUCCGGUGGUCCCACUGGAAUGAAUGUUGUUGUAAAUUCAAAGCAACAUCAACAUGAAGAAUCGGUAGUUAAUUAUAAUCAGAAAACGACUGGAUUUAGUGGCCAUGGGUUUCAAGCAGAUCGAUCGAAAUUUAUGGGGCAGUCCAGCUCUAGCAGUCCUGAACAUAUGACAGUUAUAUCAAAUGAAAACGGUCACCAUCAAUACGAAACAAAUCAUAUUCACGAAUUAUCAGGCACAGCUAGUGGAUCGUAUCAGACAGCCCUGCCGAAUUUGAAAAAAUUAGUGAUAUUACGCCAACCGCUAUCCGGUGGUCCCACUGGAAUGAAUGUUGUUGUAAAUUCAAAGCAACAUCAACAUGAAGAAUCGGUAGUUAAUUAUAAUCAGAAAACGACUGGAUUUAGUGGCCAUGGGUUUCAAGCAGAUCGAUCGAAAUUUAUGGGGCAGUCCAGCUCUAGCAGUCCUGAACAUAUGACAGUUAUAUCAAAGGAAAACGGUCACCAUCAGUACGAAACAAAUCAUAAUCACGAAUUAUCAGGCACAGCUAGUGAAUCGUAUCAGACAGCCCUGCCGAAUUUGAAAAAAUUAGUGAUAUUACGCCAACCGCUAUCCGGUGGUCCCACUGGAAUGAAUGUUGUUGUAAAUUCAAAGCAACAUCAACAUGAAGAAUCGGUAGUUAAUUAUAAUCAGAAAACGACUGGAUUUAGUGGCCAUGGGUUUCAAGCAGAUCGAUCGAAAUUUAUGGGGCAGUCCAGCUCUAGCAGUCCUGAACAUAUGACAGUUAUAUCAAAUGAAAACGGUCACCAUCAAUACGAAACAAAUCAUAUUCACGAAUUAUCAGGCACAGCUAGUGGAUCGUAUCAGACAGCCCUGCCGAAUUUGAAAAAAUUAGUGAUAUUACGCCAACCGCUAUCCGGUGGUCCCACUGGAAUGAAUGUUGUUGUAAAUUCAAAGCAACAUGAACAUGAAGAAUCGGUAGUUAAUUAUAAUCAGAAAACGACUGGAUUUAGUGGCCAUGGGUUUCAAGCAGAUCGAUCGAAAUUUAUGGGGCAGUCCAGCUCUAGCAGUCCUGAACAUAUGACAGUUAUAUCAAAUGAAAACGGUCACCAUCAGUACGAAACAAAUCAUAAUCACGAAUUAUCAGGCACAGCUAGUGAAUCGUAUCAGACAGCCCUGCCGAAUUUGAAAAAAUUAGUGAUAUUACGCCAACCGCUAUCCGGUGGUCCCACUGGAAUGAAUGUUGUUGUAAAUUCAAAGCAACAUCAACAUGAAGAAUCGGGAGUUAAUUAUAAUCAGAAAACGACUGGAUUUAGUGGCCAUGGGUUUCAAGCAGAUCGAUCGAAAUUUAUGGGGCAGUCCAGCUCUAGCAGUCCUGAACAUAUGACAGUUAUAUCAAAUGAAAACGGUCACCAUCAAUACGAAACAAAUCAUAUUCACGAAUUAUCAGGCACAGCUAGUGGAUCGUAUCAGACAGCCCUGCCGAAUUUGAAAAAAUUAGUGAUAUUACGCCAACCGCUAUCCGGUGGUCCCACUGGAAUGAAUGUUGUUGUAAAUUCAAAGCAACAUCAACAUGAAGAAUCGGUAGUUAAUUAUAAUCAGAAAACGACUGGAUUUAGUGGCCAUGGGUUUCAAGCAGAUCGAUCGAAAUUUAUGGGGCAGUCCAGCUCUAGCAGUCCUGAACAUAUGACAGUUAUAUCAAAUGAAAACGGUCACCAUCAAUACGAAACAAAUCAUAUUCACGAAUUAUCAGGCACAGCUAGUGGAUCGUAUCAGACAGCCCUGCCGAAUUUGAAAAAAUUAGUGAUAUUACGCCAACCGCUAUCCGGUGGUCCCACUGGAAUGAAUGUUGUUGUAAAUUCAAAGCAACAUGAACAUGAAGAAUCGGUAGUUAAUUAUAAUCAGAAAACGACUGGAUUUAGUGGCCAUGGGUUUCAAGCAGAUCGAUCGAAAUUUAUGGGGCAGUCCAGCUCUAGCAGUCCUGAACAUAUGACAGUUAUAUCAAAUGAAAACGGUCACCAUCAGUACGAAACAAAUCAUAAUCACGAAUUAUCAGGCACAGCUAGUGAAUCGUAUCAGACAGCCCUGCCGAAUUUGAAAAAAUUAGUGAUAUUACGCCAACCGCUAUCCGGUGGUCCCACUGGAAUGAAUGUUGUUGUAAAUUCAAAGCAACAUCAACAUGAAGAAUCGGGAGUUAAUUAUAAUCAGAAAACGACUGGAUUUAGUGGCCAUGGGUUUCAAGCAGAUCGAUCGAAAUUUAUGGGGCAGUCCAGCUCUAGCAGUCCUGAACAUAUGACAGUUAUAUCAAAUGAAAACGGUCACCAUCAGUACGAAACAAAUCAUAAUCACGAAUUAUCAGGCACAGCUAGUGAAUCGUAUCAGACAGCCCUGCCGAAUUUGAAAAAAUUAGUGAUAUUACGCCAACCGCUAUCCGGUGGUCCCACUGUAAUGAAUGUUGUUGUAAAUUCAAAGCAACAUCAACAUGAAGAAUCGGUAGUUAAUUAUAAUCAGAAAACGACUGGAUUUAGUGGCCAUGGGUUUCAAGCAGAUCGAUCGAAAUUUAUGGGGCAGUCCAGCUCUAGCAGUCCUGAACAUAUGACAGUUAUAUCAAAUGAAAACGGUCACCAUCAAUACGAAACAAAUCAUAUUCACGAAUUAUCAGGCACAGCUAGUGGAUUGUAUCAGACAGCCCUGCCGAAUUUGAAAAAAUUAGUGAUAUUACGCCAACCGCUAUCCGGUGGUCCCACUAGAAUGAAUGUUGUUGUAAAUUCAAAGCAACAUCAACAUGAAGAAUCGGUAGUUAAUUAUAAUCAGAAAACGACUGGAUUUAGUGGCCAUGGGUUUCAAGCAGAUCGAUCGAAAUUUAUGGGGCAGUCCAGCUCUAGCAGUCCUGAACAUAUGACAGUUAUAUCAAAUGAAAACGGUCACCAUCAGUACGAAACAAAUCAUAAUCACGAAUUAUCAGGCACAGCUAGUGAAUCGUAUCAGACAGCCCUGCCGAAUUUGAAAAAAUUAGUGAUAUUACGCCAACCGCUAUCCGGUGGUCCCACUGGAAUGAAUGUUGUUGUAAAUUCAAAGCAACAUCAACAUGAAGAAUCGGUAGUUAAUUAUAAUCAGAAAACGACUGGAUUUAGUGGCCAUGGGUUUCAAGCAGAUCGAUCGAAAUUUAUGGGGCAGUCCAGCUCUAGCAGUCCUGAACAUAUGACAGUUAUAUCAAAUGAAAACGGUCACCAUCAAUACGAAACAAAUCAUAUUCACGAAUUAUCAGGCACAGCUAGUGGAUCGUAUCAGACAGCCCUGACGAAUUUGAAAAAAUUAGUGAUAUUUCGCCAACCGCUAUCCGGUGGUCCCACUGGAAUGAAUGUUGUUGUAAAUUCAAAGCAACAUCAACAUGAAGAAUCGGUAGUUAAUUAUAAUCAAAAAACGACUGGAUUUAGUGGCCAUGGGUUUCAAGCAGAUCGAUCGAAAUUUAUGGGGCAGUCCAGCUCUAGCAGUCCUGAACAUAUGACAGUUAUAUCAAAUGAAAACGGUCACCAUCAGUACGAAACAAAUCAUAUUCACGAAUUAUCAGGCACAGUUAGUGGAUCGUAUCAGACAGCCUCGCUGAAUUUGAAAGAAUCAGGGUUAUCACGCCAGUCGCAAAAUAAAGAUUCCGUGAAUAUGGCUAUCGAUGUCAGAAAUAGUUUUACUCACAAUCAUCAUAUUGAAGAUAACGUAGAGCUGAAAAAUAAUCUAAACUUAAACUCUGAAGGCAUUCUUCACAAACCAUCCGACUUUUUUUCCAGUGUUGCCGGAAAAGUUGGCGACUUAGUAAAAUCUGCAGCGAGUACACGAAAUACUCGAGCUCAAUCUGCAGGUCAAUUAUUGAAGAAUGGUAUUACAAUUAAAGGUGAAAUAUCAUUGAACCAUAAAGCCGAUAAUCACGUAUCGAGUUCUUAUCACUGAUAAUUCAGGAAUGAGUUUUAAAUAGAUUUUAAUGUCAGUUAGACAAUUUGCAAAAAAAAUAACGAUAAUCUCUCAUCGACAAACCUUUUUGAUUUUUAACCUUCCAGUUUUUUAAAAUUUUAAUUAUUUGAAUUUAAAUAUUUUAUAACUUUAUCCGUAAUCUUCUAAUAUAUAAAAUUCUCGUGUCGCGAUGUUUGUUACCAUACUCCUCCGAAACGGCUUGACCGAUUUCCAUGAAAUUUUAUAUGCACAUUCCGUAGGUCUGAGAAUCGGCCAACAUCUAUUUUUCGUACCCCUAAAUGAUAAGGGUGACCCACCGCUAAAUAUUUUUUUUUAUUUUUUGGACAAAAUUUUUAUUUCUUGUUUUUUUAUAAUGUGGCAUUAAAAAAUACAUACAACCCUAAAUUUUCACCCUUCUAUCACCAACCCCUAUAUUUUAAUAGUCAUUUUAGUAAUUUAAUCAUUUUUUAUCCCGCCCGAUAACUGAUCAAUUAUCUCUUGGUAAGUUAUCCCCGCCAGUUGAGCCUAACAUUUAAUUGAAACUUUUUAUUGGUCUCGGUUCGAUUCCCAGUUCGGGCUAUCUAUAUUUUUCGCAAUUUAUCUAUAAAUUGUCUAUUUGAGAAGGUUAAUUGUAAGUUGAGGUUUCACUAUAUUCAAAAUUUUUAAGUAAUGAAAAAUUCACUAUGUUUAAAAAAAAAAAUUUGGAAAAUAUAAAAGUUCACGACUCAUAAUGCUUAUUUAGUCUGAAAUAAUAAAAUAAUAAUAAAAAAAUGACGGGAAGCACUGAAAAAAUUUUAAAAAAUAUAUACAAUUUUCUUUCAUCAAAAAUUGUUGUUUUUUUUUUUUAUUAUAUUAGUAUUUUUUUAUAAUUAUAUAUAUAAUCAUAUAUAUCUAUAUAUACAUAUCAUAAGCAGCUGAGGCAGCCGUUCGGCACACGCGUGGCUUGGGCGAUCACCGAAGUUAAGUAGCAUUGAGCAUGGCCACUACUUGGCUGGGUGACCGUUUAGCCACGCGUUGGGUUCGAACGAAGGUCUCUGACCGUUAGGCGCGGGAUGAAGAUCCAGUGAUCGGUAAAAUGGGAAUUUUAUCGAUCACUGGAGCUUCACCCAAACCGAAACUGUACUGGCUAGGUUUUCUCUGUGGUUUCCCUACGCCACUACACCUUCAUUGCACAAGGAAGGUUGUAGGGCAUCACCGUAAUGAUGCAGUACAGUAUAAGCACAAGUCGGGCCACAGCCGCACAAUGAAGGCAGAAAGAGAAGUAAAGCAGUUGCGAUAUAAAGGCAAAAAGUGUAAAAAGCCGUUACUACGGCUGUAUACUAGAAAAACAAUAUACAUAUCAUAUAUAUAUAAUUAUAUGUAUAAAAUAAUAUAUUAAAAGAAUUUACUCAAAAUAUCUCGAUUAAUAAUAAAAAAAAAAUAUAUGUAAAUAAAAAAAAAAAAUAAAAAAAAUUUUAAUCGAAAAAAUUCAGGCUUACCAGUUAGCAAUAAUACAAAUAGAGGGCUGUACUAGGACGGUAAUGCGCAAGCUCCCCUGGUAGAAUAAAUGUACGUAUAAUGUAUAGAUAUGUCACCAUCUAUGUUAAUUUUACUUUAUUUUUUUGUUAUAUUAAUUGUAAUUAAACGACACUGAGUUACCUAGCCAUUCGCAAUAGGAGACCUACAAAUCUUUCAAAGAAUUUAAAAAAAAAAAUUUUGAUUUAAUUACUAGAUUUUUUCGCAAGUUACGACGUAUAAGGGUUUCAUAUUUGACGAACAGAAAAUUUUUUUAAACUAUUUUAAUGUUUUUUCCGUUUUUAUUGAACUAAAGAAAUUUUUGAAAAGUAUGGAAUUAAUCUCCAUCAAAUUAUCUUCAAAAUAGUAUGCAAAAUAUCUUAAUUCCGUAAACUAACAAGGGUAUAAUAAUUGAAAUAGUUGCCGACGUGAGGAGAAAAAAACUUUUCGAUCGUAAAGUACACUCUGAUGCUUCGCAUCAUGAGUCGUGCAAAAAUAUAUUCACCAAUUUUUAAAUAUAAUGGAAACCUAAACAUGCAAAUCUGCUCAAUAAGACAAGUGAUAGAUAAAUUGAGAAAAAUAUAGAUAGCCCGAACAGGGAAUCGAACCCAGACCAUGUCAGUAUCCCGCCGAGUGCUCUACCAGUUGAGCUAUCCGCUCCUAUUCUAUAUUUCGUUCAAUUUGAUCUAUAACUUAUUGAGCCACACCGUCCAUAGUACGAUAAUACACCAAUUUUUAAAUAUAGUAAAACCUAAACUUACAAUUAGCCUUCUCAAUAAGACAAUUUAUAGAUAAAUUGAGAAAAAUAUAGAUAUAUCUAUAUCGGGCUAUUGCCCGAACUGGGAAUCGAAUACCGUAUCGUUCACAGCGCUUCAUGCCUCUUUCACUCAUAUACCACAUCCUUACACACUUACAAUAAGUUAGUUAUUUUUUUUCUACACUAGAAAUUCCCUAGAAAUAAUUUAUAUGGCAAAACAACGUUUGCUGGGUCAACUAGUAUAAUUAUAAAAUCUUUUAUUGGCACAGAAAAUAUAAAUAAUUUUGUAAAUUAAACUCAACAAACUCGAUUUAGAUUUGUAAUUUACCAUAAGAUUCAAAAAGCAUAAACAUGAAAGAUGAAUUUUGGCAAAGUAAUUCAUGUGAUUCGAGAUUCGCCACAGAGAAGUUUCUGUUUUUGCGGGCUCUACAUUCCGCAAACUUGAUAACAGCUUUGAAUUCUCAUGCUGCUACUACUUGGUACUGCUGCUAUUACUAUACCAGAAAUACCUGGAGGCUAUUCAAUUUCGGGAAGCUCUAGUGUCCAAAAUGAGUUCUUAGUAAUAUUGCUACUCCAUAAGUAUUCAACAUUCAUUAAACUGUAUUAUUUCUAUCAAAACUUUUGUUACGGAAAUGCACAAAAAAAAAAAAAAUUCAAUUCAAAAUCAAGA